CGACAAGUGCCUCAACCAGUACAAGAUGCAGAUCUUUUGCCGCGAGACCGAGGCUCACCUGCAGAUGCACCCGCACCUGAACGACCUGAAACCCGCCUCCAGCAGCGGCCUCAUCACCCCCGACCUCUGGCUGAGGGACUGCAGCCAGACCAGCGAAGCGGACUCCGGACCAGAGGGCGACGUGCGGGUGAGUUCGCCGAGCUCGCCGCCCGCGCCUGCCACACCACCGCCCGCAUCGCCGAGCCCUUCGGAACCCGUCAACCUCACAACGCAGUCCUCCUCCAGGAGCGAGCCCCGCGCCUCGCCCUCGCUCUCGCAGACGUCGUCGGCCUCGGGGCGCGCCGGUCAGUCCAGGUCCUCUGAGGGCCGGAGCCCCGGGCCGCUGCCCGCCCCGCGCUACGGCCGCCCCAGGCUCAGGGACCGGCGUGACGGCGGGCGGGAGGUCGGGCGGCCUCGCACCGUGCGGGCGUCGCUGCAGAUGGCCCGCGCCGCGCACGCCGAGAAGAGCGACGAGGUGCGCAUGCCGGCCAUCCGCGUGCGGCAGCUGGAGGCGCAGCAGCAGCAGCACGAGGCGGCGGCGGGCGAGAGGGAGCUCCCCAGCAGCAGCAGCGUAGGCGAGAGCGGCGGGGAUGUGUCCCCUCAUCCCCCAGCCCAGCCUCCGGGCCUGCCCCUAGGCGGCCUAGGGGGCGGCCUAGGGAGCCUGCUACCCAUGGUGGGCGGCGCCCCGCUCCUGCUCCCUCACAUGUUACCUCAUGAUCUCCCGCGGACGCCUCUCCUGCCCCACCUCCUGCUGCAGCACCCAGAGCUGCUGCGCCCGCCUCCCCUGCGCCACCCGCUGCUGCCCGUCCGCCCGCGCCCGCCCCGCCCACACCCGCCCCGCCCACGGCCAUCCCUCCACCGCAGCCGGGGCCACCCAAAGCCCCCGGCUCCCUCCUACCUCCCGUCACUGUGCUCCUGCCGUGCCCGAUCCCCAUCCCCAUCCCCAUUCCCAUCCCGGUGCCAAUCCCCAUCCCCGUCACCACCCGGGGCGACGCCCCCGAGGGCCGGCCGAGCCCCCAGAAGGAGCCGGCAGGGCGCCAGCGUCCGGCGCAGCGCAAGGACGCCAGUCGGUCGGGCUCGGUCAUUACGGGUCCCGUGGGUGCUUCUACGAGCUCGGGGUCGGCGCCCCCAGCCUGCGCCGCCCCUGCGCCGCCACCUCCGCCCACCACGUCGUCCUCCUCCAGCGAGGGCGAGAGACCGCCGUACCUUCGGCCGGACCGCGAGCGCCGCAGCAUCCUCCGGUACACGUCCGACGUGUACGAGAUCAACGGCGUGUUCCUCCCGCGGGACUCGGCGUGGGAGGCCCCGGAGCCGCUGCAGCUGCGGCGGGCAUUGGUGGGCGACCCGAGCCACGACUCCUUCAACCAUCAGCACGACUUUGAUUCCCGUGAAAUGUCCAGGACGCCGUCGCCGGGCCCCGCGGAGGACAACAAGGACGCCCUAGCCUCGCUCACGAGGAAGAGGGAGGAGGAGACGAGCACCGUUAAGAGGCUGCUCGGCGAGGACGAGGAGGAGGUCAAGGAAAGGGUCUCGGGAGAGGCGUCCGACCCGGAAGGGCCCGCGACGUCCACCGCCGCCAC